AUGGCGUCAUCCGCACGUCCUUCACGACCGGUGUACAGCGAAGGAAAAGCUGAAAAUAGUCUUACGAAAGCUUAUUUAGUUGCUUACAAUGUUAGUCAGAUGUUGGGUUGGUCUGCCAUCUUGUUUAUUGUGAUCAACUAUGUGCUGACAAAGAACACUGUUGUAUUGGUGUACAGGGAGGUAGAACCAAUUCUUCAAGUAUGCCAGACUGCUGCUGUUCUGGAGAUUAUCCACAGUAUGGCCGGUUUGGUCAAGUCUAACUGGAUUAUCACUGCUUUCCAAGUGUACUCUCGAGUCUUCCUUUUAUGGGGUGUUGUAUGGAGCGUCCCUGCAACGCAGAAUGGAGUGUCAGUAAUUUUAUGGUUGUCGGCUUGGACGAUCGCCGAGGUUAUUCGCUAUGCUUACUACUUCUUCAGUCUUUUACCAGGGCCUGUCCCACAUUUGUUGGUCUGGUGCAGAUACACCUUCUUCAUUAUACUGUACCCUAUUGGUGUGACGGGUGAACUGAUGACAGUCUUCAAUGCUCUGCCAUAUGUGAAAGAGACCCGACUGUACAGCAUAGAGUUGCCCAAUCCAUGGAACUGUUCUUUCAGCUAUUACUACUACCUCUGCUUCAUGGUCAUCUCCUAUUUGCCUGUAUUCCCUCAGCUGUAUCUACACAUGUUCCGCCAGAGAAAGAAAGUCCUUGGAGGGGCUCUGGACCGACUGAGAAAGACUCAAUAA